AUGUCAACCAUUCCAACCUCGGCCCUCCAGUCGGGGUCUCCGCCCAUCAUCCCGCUGCCGUUCAAUGCCAAACAGCCCGAGAAGGUAACGCUGUAUCCGCUAUCCAACUACACAUUCGGUGUCAAGGAGACACAGCCAGAGGAGGAUCCAUCUGUAAUUGCCCGCCUGAAGCGCCUAGAAGAGCACUUUAGUGAACAUGGCAUGCGCCGCACCUGUGAAGGCAUCCUGAUCGCCAACGCGUUCUUCAAGCUCCCUGGAGACUACCUGCGGCCGGAAGAUGACGAGGUGGAAGGGUUCAAAGCUCGGCUGGAUGAGAGGCUUGCGCCGGUAGGCCGAUUGGGCGAAGGCGAGGAGGCCGGUGACUGGGAGGUUGGCGAGUGUCUGGCGCAGUUUUGGAGACCAAACUUUGAGACCUUCAUGUAUCCGUUCAUCCCUGCGCACGUUACACGGCCCAAGGAGUGCAAGAAGUUUUACUUUAUUCAGCUACCCAAGAGCAAGGUGCUCAGCGUGCCCAAGAACAUGAAGCUUCUCGCCGUCCCCUUAUUCGAACUCUACGACAACACCGCUAGAUACGGACCGCAGCUGUCUGCCAUUCCACACCUUCUCAGCCGAUACAACUUUGAGUUCGUCGAUGAGAAUGGAGAUGUUGUUGCCGCAACCCCCGGCGCAGGUGCCCCCGACGGAUAUGUGCCCAAGCCCAAGGUCUUGGCUGGCGACGAUACGGAUAUGGUUGAGGAAAAUGGGACACAUUAA